UGUGAUCUCUAGGACGUGCAAAUAUGAAUUGAAUCCUCGAAUCAGGCUUCGUAUGAGUUUCUGCUGAAUUUAUGUGUACCAGGAAUUACAUUAACUUCCAAUUUCACUCAUCUUCAGUUGAAACAUGUGACUCCAACUCUUCAAAUGAAGAAGUUACAAAGCUGGAACAGGAUUAUACUUCUGAAUACUCAUACCCAUGUCGCUGGGAUCAACUUCCGUCAAACAAACAUAUCUUCGCCAAUUAUAACUUCCCAUCUAAAUUAAUCUACAAAAACUUGCAGCCUGAGUAUUGGUGGAGUCGGUAUUCAACUAGUUUGAAAGAUAAAUGUCUGAAAAAUCGUUGGUUGUCUCACAUUGGGCAAUGUGAUGAAAGAUAUGACUUAACAGAGUAUCAACUGAUACGUGAAAUUAUCUGGGUCCUGCUUGGUGCCAGGGGGAGCUUUGUUAUGCAAUUAUGUGAAAACCAAAUGGUAGAUAUUUGUUGCAAACCACAUCUUGUAUCUGUUAGCCAUUUAUCUUAUAAUGCUCUUGAUUCAUUGCUGGAGAAGUUCGUUGAUUGGAAUAAUCAUAUACUAUUCAUCAGACUUGUAGUCCAUUUUGUAGUCAACAAAAUGGACUGCGUAUCUCAUGCUUGCGCCUUCUCUUUUGCCAGUUGCUUGAAUGGAUUUUUGUCUCAACUUGAUGAGUUCUUGCAUGAGAUGGAAAGUAAAAGCCGUAAUCCAGGCAUUUUCACUAUGAUAAGUCUUUAUCAUUGUUUGAUCCCUUGGUGUAACCGUGUUAAGGUAUUGUCGAAAAUCAUAAAAGAUGUCAUUAAAAACGACCUUGAUAACUUACGAGAGACAAGUACGAUCACAAAUUUGCUGGAUGCACUACAUCAUACUUCAGAUUUACUAGAAGACUGUGGCUUUGACCGGUACAUCGUUAAAGUACUACGUUCUAUGUUCAUCAUCACAUUUCAUCCAUUCAUUUCCUCACUAGUCCAGCUGUUUUCAGGGUCUGCGGCUUUCACCGACCCACUGGUAAAAUUGUUCGCUGAUAUAAAUUUUAAUAUACCACCUAAUGAUCCAAAAUUCUGGUCUGAUGCCAUUAAGCCGCGAAACAAUGUGUUAGGCUCAUCUCACGUACCGUAUAUGUUUCUUCCUAUCAUGGAUGAGGUAGUCGAUGGUCUUAAAACUAUCUUCUUACUCACUGCGAUCUGUGAAAAAAUUGGGGACUACUCCUUCCUCGAAACGGUUGAUUCAAACUCUAUUUGUAUCUUUUUGGAUUCUCUCUUGAGCGAACAUUUUCGUCUUAAACUCAACCACCAAGAAUCCUGUGUCUCGAAAAAUUGUUACGAAAUGGAUGAAUCAAGGACCACACUCAAAUCCUUGGAGUCACAAUUAAAACGUUUUGUUUGUGAACGAAGAAUGUCAGUUAAUCAACAGUUGUUGAAGUUAUUGCUUCUCCCGCAUAUGCGUGCGCCAAAUGGUUUGCGAACUGUAGGAAAAUGCCUAGCUGUUGCGGGAGCAGUGUAUCUUUUCGGUGCUGGUGAUAAUAUGAACGAUUUCGCUCGCCAGUGUUUCAGGAAUAUUGCAUUUUCAAGAGCCAAGAAGCUGGACCUUGUUGAGCUCACCGCUAAUCUACAGAGUCAGUUAAGUGGUGCUUUCAGGAACCGUCAUGUAUCUCAUUCACUCCUGUAUCUAGAGUCUCCUUUCUUCACAUUUGAUCUCCUUAAUAUGGAUCAACCAGUUGAUGAUCGACCUAUGGAACUGACUUUUGAUUUGAUUGGUAAUUUAAGACUUAAUUAUCACCUGGACUGGCCAGCGAAUAUCAUUUUGGAUGAAAACAGCAUUGGAAUUUAUAACGAUGUCUUCAUUUUCUUGCUUCAGAUUAAAUACGUUAAAUGGAGUCUUGAAAACUUACAUUUCAGCACUCCAGAGAAAAGAGUUUCAACUUGUUUCCCCAUCAACCACUAUCUUAUCAUACUACGUGUAAAAAUGUUGUUUAUCUUCACAAGCCUACAUGAUUUCUUGGCACACAGAAUUGAAGCUAUCCGAACUCGAUUUUCAUCUAAAUGGUGUCUUCCUGAAUUUUAUUCUACUACAUCUAUCAAUCACAAUAUCCCCGAAACAAAUACUUUCUCUGAUCUUGUGCAAGAUCAUAAAAAUUUGCUCAAUGAAUUACAGUCCGUGUGCCUAUUAACCGAAUCUACUUCGCUUCUUUUUACAGAGAUAUAUAACCUUUGUAAUAUGGGCCUUCAGCUACGAGAAUUAUGGCUAAAGAGCCUUUUAUCUGCAAACUAUGAAACUUCACGUUUUGCAGUAAAAAUUGAGUUUCUUUCUGAGCAAUUUGACAAUCAUGUACAGUUCCUUUCGACAAUGCUAACACGCGCAGUACGUUUGAGUACUGCUAAACAGCUUUUGUACCUAUCAAGUUCUUUUAAAACUGCGGCCUCUUUUCCUACAAAUAUUUUUAAAUUAAUUCCUUCCAAAUGA